GGACUGCUUCCUUCGCUUAGUCAAUCGCAUGUGGUGUGUCCGAUGUACAGGUAUCUAUCUACACAACACACGAGAGUGCGAGAGUGCUCUCCGAGUCGCCAAAGGGACUAUCCCACCCGAUGGAUGGAUGCUAUGGUACGUAUCUAUCUAUGUAAGUAAGUAUGCACGCCACCCAUCCGACCUAGAAAACCAUACAGACCACUUGUCUGCCCUGCCCUGCCAUGCCAUGCCUCGAACAUAUAACGACAGCUCAACGCUUCUGAGGGGGGAAGGCAAGUAUCAACACCAGCGAGCCGCGCCACACACACACACACACACGUACGUCAUACAUCACACAUGGAUGGCCAGACAAACAGACAGACAAACAAACAGACAAACAGACAGACAGACACGGCAAAAACCGGCACAGCACACCUGUAGUCAGUAUGUGUCAUGCCAGGAGUCAGUCAGUGAUUGAUUUAUUGACAAACAGCAGUGUAAGUGAGUGGCUUGACAGACAGACAGACAGACAAAACACCAAGCUGACUGGCAGGGCGACAAGACAAGAUGACCUAUCAUCGCUCUCAGGCUGGCAGUCCAGGAGAGCCCGGCUCUCCUCUUGUCUGGCUGGGGGACCGUUCAGCUCACACGGGAUGAGCUGCGUGGUCAUGUGCCAGAUCCACGUCUUCGAGGAGAGCAAGAAGAUCAUCUUUCGUCUCGGAAUCUUCAGGCGCCGGCGUGCUGCCAACAAAACACACGACCAUCCAUCCAUCCAUCCAUCGAUCCAUCCCGUCCGUCCGUCCGUCCGUCCGCAGUGCAUGGGAGCGUGUCGGUGAUGGCUUCUUUUUCACUCACCUUUCGGGAAUCGCCAGCAAAUCAUCCAUCCAUGAACCCGAAGGAACAGGAUCAGUUGCGACGCACGGAUUUCUUGGAUCCUGAUCUGAGCGGGCUACACAAUCCAGCCAUGAUGGCAGGGAAAGGCGCCGGCGGAACAGGUGUAGCUUCGGGAUGUUAGCAUCGUCUUGGCCACCUUGGCUGAAGACAAACAAACAGCAAAACAAAAACAGACAGAUAACCCAACCACCUUUUUGAUCCCUGUGGGUGUGGUGUGGUGUGUCCCCCCCGUGCUGUGCUGCUUGCUCACAGUCGUCCCUCGGUGGUGCCCGCUGCCCGGAAUGCUUCCUUGAUGGGCUCGUUCAUGUCAGGGAAAAACGGAUUCUCCAUGUCCACAAAGAACGGCUGGUCCCCAACCUGUUCGUCACCAGCCUGAGGCGGCACCGUGGGGUGGAAGAUGCCCUCGGCCGCCUCGGCGUUCUGCAGCCCCCCAGCCACACCACACGACACAAGCACAAAGCGCGUCAAUGGAUGGGAUGAUACACGUGUGCUCAACGGAUGUGCCUCAGUUAUGCCAGUGCUCUUCCUUCCUUCCCACCGAGGACACGAGCUCCCGCAGGGGGGAUUCAUUACCCGAGCCGCCACAGCUGACGGCAACGGCCAUGCACAAGAAGGCGGGCAGGGCGACACCACACCGAAAGGCCGACGUCAUGGUGUUGACCGAUGGAUGGCAAGAAGGUCCAAAGAAGGCUGUAGAAUACAAGUGGGCGGAUAGCUUGGGAAUGGCGGAUAGAUCUGACGCGUUGUUGAGGUGCAGGCCGGUUGGCUGCACCACACGACAGCAGGCCGCGACAGUCUAAGUCCAUUCGAAGACGGGAGAGAAUGGAGACCGCACCCGGUGCCUCUCCCUCAAACUCUCCUUCUCCCAAUCGCUGAAAGCAGUGAUGAAGAUACUGUUCCAGACGGACAACGCCCCGAGAGCUGCAUGCGGGUCACGUGAAUGGCGAAAAAGCUGAGGCAGAGG